GGGCAAAAUAUUCCCCGCCCAGGCUUCAUUCAACCCCCAACUACGGGGUGGCUUUGGAUGAAAAGCACGCGCCCUCAUUGGCCGAGAGGCUAAUAUGGCGGUGUUAGGGGUUGCGAGGUGGGGCGCGUGUACGCGAUAUUAAGGGCUGCUUUUAUGUCCGACGAGCCAGUUCGUGGUGCGCCGUCGAUUGACGCAUUUUCCGUCGGGAGAAGGUGGAGGAGCGAAGCGUUGAAGCGCGCCCGAUGCUGCUCUCUCCCCUGUCGUCGUCGUCGUCGUUCUUCACCACGUCGAGCCUCGCGUUCGCAACCCUCGCGCGCAUUUCCCUCCGGUUGCUGCGGACGUACGGCGGCGGAAGGACACAUGGCACGGCGGGAGGUUCGAUUUGCGCGCGUGUCCGGAGAAUUUAUUCACCAGUGAUUCUCUCGUGAGCCGAGAGCACCGUGAAUCAUCGUCGAGACCUACGUCGGCCUGCGACGUUCGCGAGUCGCGAUAAUCCCUGCGUUACCCCGACGUCAGUGCCCGACGCGCCCGACGACUCUUCCACCUCAGGCAUGGCGCAGACUUACAAUCAGAAGAGGAAUGUGUACAGCAUCGAUCAAAUACUGGGUCACGAUAAGGACGAAGAUCAUGCGACGUCGUCCGAUGCAGCCGUUGAUGCUGGCGACACGGAACUCGGUCACCUGAGCGACCAUCAGAUCAACGACGGUCUGCACGAUUCCUUGAACUUGGGCGAAUCUGAUCGGCCGCGAAAAGUACGGCGUUCCCGUACUACCUUCACGACCUAUCAGCUGCAUGAGCUCGAAAAGGCCUUUGGGAACACGCAGUACCCAGACGUAUUUACCCGGGAGGAGCUGGCGAUGAGACUGGACCUCUCGGAAGCCCGAGUUCAGGUCUGGUUUCAGAAUCGUCGCGCGAAAUGGCGCAAGAAGGAAAAGGCGUUAGGCAGAGACACGAGUUUCAUGCAUGUCGAACAAGGCGGUGUGAGCGAGUUGUCCCUUCACGCGCGCCUGCUGCAGACGGCCAGCGGCGUUCCCGAUCCUUCGGGACCACCGACCGGCGCCUUUCCUUGGUUCAUCCCGCCGGUGUUCCCGCCGCCAUGGCCGGCGAGCGCGCCCAAGCUGCCGCCGUUGCAUGCGAUCCUGUCGCAGUAUAUCGGCCUGCCGUUGCCGCAAAACCUGGCGUCACUCGGCACGAUGCUGCCGGUCGGCCUGAAUCCGGCCGCUACGUCCUUGAACCACGGCAACGUGAACGGCCACACCCUAGGCGGCCACGGUCUGCACGGGCACCCUUUGAAUCUCGGCGGAGGUGUGCAGAGCAUACCGCAAAACCUGAGCUCGAAGCACGACAAGGACGAGGACUCGGCGUCGUCCGACGACGAGAUCAGGAAGCAGAGCGCGGAAGUGCUGAGAGUGAAGGCGGAGGAGGUGCUACGCAAGGCGGACAAUUAACUGUGAGAGCUUGCGGACUUUUGUAAAUACGUCUCCCCCUCCCCCGCCACCCCCGGGGCUCCUUCGUCGUGGACGACUUUGGCCGACCUUUCGGUACGAAGGAAUUUCGAUCCGGGUGUAUAGAGACAGCCGCGACAGGCUGUGUUUCCGUUUCGCGUUUUUUACGCGCGACAAGGAUCCGCAUGCUCAUCGAGGUGUGUUACGGGAUUUGUACUUCGUGGUCGCUCGCGCGACGUCGUCAGGCAUUCUUUUGAUCUGCGUACCGCGUCAUACAUGCUUCACCACUCCCCGGAUCGGAAAUUACACGGUUUUCGGUCGUCUUACACGUAUACGGAGGAAAAAAAAUUUCGUCGAAUUUAAUCAAAUGUUUGCGAUCGAAACAAAUUUAUUUCUUGGA